AUUUGUAUUUGAGCCAUCAUUUUGUGAUGAUGCUUUUAAAAAAAUAAGUUGUGCAGCAUUUUUGACUUAUUCUGGAAGGGGAACGAAUGACGGUGAUAGAAUUGUUUUUUUGGGGGGGGGAUCCGUCCUCAGUUUAGUCCAUUUCCGCUCUACAUAGGUGUUCUUCCUGGUUGUUGAUUCCUCUGUGAAAGUAGCAACAUUUCGGCCAUGAGCAAAUUCCAGUAGAAUGCACGCGACGAUUGGAAAUAACGCCAGAUAGCGUGAAAUCUAUGUAGAUGCGCGCGCGCUUUUUGCUGCCAAAGCGUCUCCUUUUGCGCUGAAGGAUUUGUGCAAUGCAGUGUUCAUUUUGAUUAAGUCCAAAAUGCCCGACUGCUGUGCCGCAGCAAACUGCAAGCAGAGUACGGACCAGUCCAACGUUUCCUUCUUUAGGUUCCCGCUGGAUCCCAUUCGAUGUAAACAAUGGGUGGGUAAAUGCCACAGACCAGAUCUGGAGACCAAAACGCCUGAAGAUUUACACAGGAACUACAGAUUGUGCUCAAAACACUUUGAGACCUCAAUGAUAUGUCAGCAAAGCUCUCAGAAAUCUGUUUUGAAGGAUGAUGCCGUUCCUACUAUAUUUGAUUUUGCAACCAACCAGGACAAUGCACAAACUACCAACAGAAAAAGGACACGGGAGAAAACAGGAGAGGAGCCUGUUGCCACAAAGAAAACUAAAGGUACCACCAAUAACUCCAGCCCCUCUGUGCCAGAGGCAGAAGGUAAAGUUGAGAGUGAUUCAGCUGAGAACAGCGAAACACACAAUCCUCCUGCACAUGAUGAAUCAGAGGAGGAGGAUCCUGCUAUUUCCAAAGUGAAGGAAAUUUUGAAAGACUACUUCAAGGAGACUUUAGCCUUCACUGGUUUUAGCAUCACCAACAGUGCAUCUCUUAAUGCUGUUAAACCACUGGGAAAUGACCCAGCUAGGCCACUUUCUGUCAACACCAUAUGCGCAGAAAAGAUUGACCAAAAAGAAGUGCUCACCUUAGGUGAAGAUGUGAUGCGUGAGGAGAUCCGCAAUAGCUUGCGCCUUGCACGCUUCUUUUCCAUACUUCUCCAAGACAGAGUAAGCAUUGAGGGCAAGGACCAGAUUCCUGUGUUUAUCCGCUCAGUCACUGGUGAAGGCUUUCCACAGAAGCACCUUAUGGGAUUCCUUCCUUGCGAUGUUGACUCUGACACUCUGUUCCUUAUGCUUAUAUCUGAGAUCCGGAACAAGUGGGGCCUGCGGAUGGAGCACUGCCGAGGCUUCACCUACCUGUCAUCAGGUGCCAUGUGUCAGAAACUGAAGGAUCUCUCCUGCAGGAUGCUGCGGGAUUUUCCACAGGUAGUUUUGUCCCCCAGUGAGCCUUUCGCCUUCAAUGUGUGGUUGAUUCGCUCCAUGCCCAUCCUUCCAAUUCAGGACGUUGUUGAUACUGUAGAGCAGGUUGCUUCUGUUAUUAGGCAAUCAGAAACUCUGGCGAAGAAACUUGAUGCCAAGAUCACUGCUUCAUACAGCCACAUCAAAGGCGAAGUGGACAGAGUGAAGGAGUCUUGUCAGAACCAUUGGGAAUAUGCCACCGAUGCUUUCCAGACAAUGCUUGAUAUCUUGGAGCCGCUUUUGAGCAGCAUUGGAGAGAUGUGCACCAGUGCCCUUUCAGAUGUGGACACAGACACCGUCGUAGUGCUUCUAAUGCUGAAAGAGAAGCUGAAGAACUUUGAUUUCAUCAUUACACUUGUGGUCUUGAAGAAUACGCUGUGUUGUGUAAGCAUCCUGAACCCCAGCCUCAGGGGAAUAAUCAGCAUCAGUAGCACAUUGCAGUACACCAUCUCUAACGCCUUGAAGCUUCUAACCAAACAUAUGCAGGAGAUUGCUAUUUUUCACAGAAAGUGGUUCUCUGAUGCAGUGGGCAGAGCCAAGAAGUUAGGGGUGCCAGUCAAUCUGCCAGUGGAGAUGGUGACAAAUGGUGAUGGUGCAGAGAAACCACAAGGCUCUUUGGAGGAUUACUACAGGGAAGCACUGAGCAAGAAGGUUUUACAAUACCUUGUUGAUGAAGUCAAAAGAGUCCUAGGCACUGAAAUGGCAAGAAUCCUCAGAUGGUUGUCAUUGGUGCCCUCAUACAUGGCUGACCACAAUUUUAGCAUCCGCAAAGACAAAGUUGCUGAUGCUAACCUGAAUAACUUGGCUCGUCCUGACUCCUUUUAUGAUGAGCUGGGCUGUUGGGAAGUGAAAUGGCGACAUGCUAGCAAGCGAAGGAUUCUUCCCACCAGUGUGUUUGCUACCCUCAAGAUCCCAGAUAUAGGCUUUUACCCAAAUGUGCAGAGCCUUUUGAGAGUGUUGGGCACCAUCCCUUGUGUCCGCGCAGAAUCUGAUGUGUAUGGGCACUAUGACAUGGUGUUGGACCGCUAUCAGUCGUACAUGAAAGAAGUACAAGUGGAAAAGAGACUGAGCAAUAUGGCCUUUGUUUAUGUCAAUCAAGAUGUCCACUUCAGCAUUGAGGAAAUGGUGGAGGCAUAUGUAAAGAAAUAUCCAGAAAUCCUGCAGCUGUUACAUGAAGAUGAUUUAAUGGAAGUGCAACCAUCAGUUCCUGAAUCCAGUGCAAAUGACGCCUCUAAAGAAGAUACGGAAGAACCAAGAGAGAUGACUUUAAAUAUGGACAUUGAGAGACAGAAACUGCCUGAGUAUGCAGAAACUGAUAAAGAGGCAUUAAAGUCUGCGUUACAGACCGCUGUCAUGGCAGCAUACGGCAGACAAAGCAGACACACUCAGGGUGAUCAAGAUCAAGAAGUAGAAUAUGUGACCAAAUCCGAGAUGAAUGAAGUCCUUAAAGUGUGUGAGGAUGUUGUAAAAGAUAGGAUUCUUUCAGAGCUCGGAAAUUCAUUCUUCUCCCUGUUUAUCGACCGAGUUGUCAGAUUGGGAGAGACAGACUUCUUACCCAUGUUCAUCAGAUUUGUUGACAGUUUUGAUGUCAUGCGCCUUGAGCUUCUGGGUUUUAUCGAGGUUACUCAUGACACUGAGGCCAUGUGCGAACGACUUUUUGAUGUUGUCACCAAAGAGUGGCGUCUCGAUUUGAGCUACUGCCGAGGCCAAGCUUACCUUGGCUCUGGGGAAGUGUCCUACAAGCUCAAGGCCUUUGCAUGUAAAAUACAGGAGCAGUAUCCUCUUGCUAUAUGCACACACUGCUCAUGUUACUCUUUCAAUACCUGGUGGUCCAGGUCAGUUCCAGUAGCUGCAGUCAUCAGAGCCAUAGACACGUUAGAGGAGAUAGUGUCAUUCUUCCACAGCAUGCCUGCCCUCGAGAAACAGUUGGAUCAAGUCUUAGCCAUAGGCCUAAGAGAGAGCUAUGAGAAAAUCCAUGAGCUUCAAGGAAACUUCUGCUCCACUUGGCUUGAGAAACAUGACUCUUAUGAAGUCUUCGCUCAGAUUCUGGAGCCUCUGGUAGAUUGGCUUGAGAAUAUUGAUAACUGUCAACCACAAAGAUGGAGUUUGGCAGUAUCCAACCGUGCCAAGAGACUACUUCAGUUAAUAAGGGACUUUGAUUUCAUUGUGGCAAUUGUUGCGCUAAAAAAUGCCUCAUCCUUCACUAGAGAACUGAGUGCAGCAUUACAGAAAGACCAUUUUAGUGCUGCCUCGCAGCUCAGCCAGAUCAGUGGUAUCGUGGCCACGCUUAACAGAGUGAAAACCAACAUCAAGGUUUUCCAUCAGAAUUGGUUUGAUGAAGCUUCUUCUUUUGCUCAGAGUCUGUGUGUGCAGGUUAAAGUGCCUGAUAGCGUUAUCGUUCCAAGGGACAGCCUCUUGAAGCCAGGUUCAUACUAUAAAGACACAAUGAGUGUCCCUUUAGUUGACCACCUUAUAAACAUGGUGAAAGACUAUUUCUCUGAUGACCACAAGGAGGCUCUCAACUUAUUGUCCUUGGUCCCGUGCUCUGUGACAAUGAGCUAUGUUUUUGAAACGCUCAAGUCAAAACCUCCAUUGUACAUUGGUGACCUUCCUGAUCCUGACAACUUCUUCACAGAGCUAAGCUGCUGGAAAGUGAAGUGGAAAACGAAAGUGGUUAGUGUAACCAUACCAGAGACCAUUUUUCAGACUCUGCGUCUACCCCUCAUGCAGUACUUCGUAAACAUCAACACAUUGCUGAAGAUAAUGUGUGUGUUGCCAAGCACAGCUUUAGAAUAUUGUGGUGAGGUGAAGCGGCACAAAAUGUAUCAAGACUACUUGAGCAACACCUCACCUAUGGACAGAUUGCCCUGUUUAGCUAUGCUUCAGGUGGGCACCGACUUUAACAGAGACCUAGACCGAAUGGUUGCUCAGUGCUUAAAGCUCACACCUAAGACACUGGAGGGUAUUUGCCUGGACAAAGAAUCCAAAACCUUAGGAAGGACUGUUGAAAUAAAAACAGAAGAUAACACCCACAUGGAUGAUGCAGAGGACAGGGAAGCUCAGCAGGACAAAGACUCCAGAAUACUUGUUGUGAAUUCUGAGAUAACAGGCAGUGAAGCAGAAAUCUACAAAGAGGGAGCAGAGAGCACAGAGACUUCGCAGCAGUCUGAAAACAUAGAAGUGGUUGCUGGUUGCAUGGAAGUGGCUGCUGAGGAGCAGCGUGAAAAGGUUGAAGAAGUGGAGCAGAUUCCAGAUGAGAAUGGCCAUUCUGAUGAACCAGCUGACAACAUAAAGAACUGUGAAGAAGUCUUUAAACAGGCAGCAACGCUUGCAAGGAGAAACUGCUCAUUGAUCGACCUUGAUAAACCAGAACAAGAUGCUGUUGUUCAGAAACUUGCCUUAUGUCAUUGGGUGAAGGAGGAAGGGACAUUGUUUUCAGAGGGAGAAAUGUUACAAAGUAUUGUGAAGGCCAUACGAGAAACAAUCCUCACUGAAGUUCAGGACUCUCCUUUCUUUUCCGUCAUCACUGAUAGAGCUAUUUCAGUGGGUGAGACGAGGUUCCUACCAGUCUUUGUUAGAUAUGUGAAUGACUGCAUUCCUAAAGUGGAGCUUAUAGGAUUUCUGCCCUUUGAUGAAAGCUCUGAUGUGGAUUUGCAUGCUAAGGCUCUUUCAGAAACACUUGAAGAUGAGUGGGGACUUCAGAUGGGCUGCUGUCGUGGCCAGUCCAUCAUGUGCUUUGGUACGGGGAGCAAAAGUCUCAGGAAGAUGGCUUUGGGAUUUUUAGAGAGCUAUCCAUUAGCUGUGAACACUCCCAGUGAGUCUUGUGGACUUGCCUAUUGGCUGGCUUUAAGCCUACAAAAUGCAUCCAUUACAAAGGUUCUAGAGACAGCUGAGGAUCUAUUACAGUUUUUUGACCAGUCACCCAAAUUAGAGAGUGAGCUUGCCAAGACCAUGGAUGGGCUGCUGAAUACCCCACGGGAAGCACUUGCAGAGGUCCCAGAGACCUGCCUGUCCAGAUGGAAGAAGAGAGAAGACUUCUUCGAUAUUUUGGUAGACAUGCUGGAGGGAGUUCUGAACUGCUUGGAUUCUGUGAGCACCAACUCCAGUGGGUCAUGGAGUGAUGGCAUGUCACUGCAUUCCCAGACCCUGUCCACAGCUCUUAGACAGGUUGAUUUUAUCAUCCCCCUAGUGAUCUUGAAGAAUGCCUGUGCGCCUUUGAGGAAUUGCAGCACUGUGUUUCGCUGUGGAAACCCUGCUGACAUUAUUUGCGAGCUUGAGAAGAUUAUGCCAAUAAUAGAUACUUUUAGCAAGAUGUUGGACAAUGUGAGUGCGUUGCAUUCUGUCUGGUUUGAGGAGGCAGUGGAGCUUGCAACUAAGGUCAUGGGAUUGCUGUCAUAUGCAGAAUCUGUCAGUGGCUAUGAUUCACCAGAAACAUUUUACAUUGAAGCAGUUAGCUUACCAGUUCUGAAUGGUUUGAUUGAAGAAAUGAAGUUUAACUUCUCAGAGAAUCACCUAAAAGCCCUGAAAGUUUUGUCCCUUUUGCCAACGUGCAACCCUCUGCCUAUUCUCCCAGAAUCCACAGAUAAACUGCACACCAUAUACCUGAGUGAUCUCCCUGACCCAGAAACAGUGGAAGAAGACAUUAACACCUGGGCCACGGUAUGGAGGGAGAAGUAUCAAGAUGUUUGUCCUCCCACCUCUAUCUCUGAGACAUUGCUUCAUAAUGAAGCCAAAAACCUUCCAAAUGUUGCAACCCUUCUUAAACUUGUGGCUGUGUUGCCCAGCAUUAGCAUGGAGUGUGAUCUAAUGAAGACAACGCUAAACUCUUUGAGGACCUUACUCAGAGAUGGUAUCUUCAGCAGGGGCAGUAAGACUGAUGCAGUGAUGCUUCUUAUGCAUCGCCAGACACUACAGAGCCUGGAAGAGGUGAUUGAGAAAUGCAUGGCGGGUGAUCCAGAAAGUAAUACAUUUCUUGCUCAGGUAAAGUCAAGAGUUAAUCACCUGAGAAUGGAAGGUGAGGUGAUUGCCAUGGCUCCACAGGAGAUGGUUGUAGAUACAAAUGGUUCAGAUUAUCCACAAGAGGCAAAUGUUGCUGGAGUCGAUGUAGAAACUGCUGCUCCAGAGGAAAUUCUAGUGGAAACCAAUGACUCUAGUGAAAUAGAAAGAGCUGAAGAAAAUACACCUGACCAGCCAUCAUCUUUAACACCUAGCAGCUCAGACAAAGCCACAAUUGCAGCUCAAGUCAUCCCUGCUUGCAGCUCUCUGCCAACCAGCACACCUGACCAACCAACAGAAUCUGUCCAUGAUGCCGCUAUGCAAUCUACAGCAGCAGAACAUGAUAGAAGUGAUCAACUGAUCGCACUUGUUCAAGAUGUAAAUGAUAGGUCUGAAGUUCUUGAUCAGUGUGGAAUUGGUCUACCAGUAACAGGGGAUCAAAUAGCUGCUGAGCAGGCCAAUGAAGAAGAGCCGGUUGGCACUGUUCAGUCAGUAUCAACUAAUCAAAGUGAAACUGAUCAACCUAUGGAAGUUGAUCAGUUUGUUGCCGCAGAACCAGGUGAAACUGACCAGCCAACAACGGAGGAACAAAGUGUACCUGAUCAGUUAAUGGCAGUUGCGCAAGUUGAUACUGAUUCCUCCAUAGUUGCUCAAGAUGAAGGUUCUCACAGUAACAGGCUUAGCAGAGGGUCAGUUUGUGUCGGAGGAUCAGAGUGAAUCUGUUCAGCUCAUGUCAGUUGAUUACAGUAUAAAUAAGUUAGAGUCAGUCCAUCAAAGCGAAACUGAUCAUCCCAUGGAAAUUGAUGUGAGUGGAAAUGAUUCAAAUGUAGUUGAAGAUCAGAGUGGAAAUGGCCAGCC